GUUUCAGCAUUUUAGUUAAAAGUGAUAAUUAUGACAAGCAAUAUCUUAAUUAACUACAAUGAAUUCGAGAAAUCCGGCGCUUAGAGCAGAGGGGUACUGGAAUAGUCACACAUCGGAAACAUGGACAUCCAGAAGCAGCACCUGUGCCCGCGGCUGGUGGAUUAUCUAACCAUCGUGGGCGCGCGGCCUUACACCACGGGGAAAGGCCUCGCUCCAGUUCAGGCACCGGAGUUGCUUCGGCGGUACCCGCUGACGAACCACGAUGACUUCCCGCUGCCGCUGGACAUGGUGUACUUCUGCCAGCCCGAGGGCUGCGUGUCGGUGGGGCCGCGCCGCGCGCCCGGCAACAUGGCGGCGCGGGACACCACGUCGUUCGUGUUCACGCUCACGGACAAGGACUCGGGCAAGACCCGCUACGGCAUCUGCGUGAACUUCUACCGCGCGGUGGAGCGUGCGCCGGCGCCGGGCCCGCGCGAGCGCUCCAUGCUGCGCCGCGAGUCGUGGCGCAAGUCCGUGGAGAAAAGCUCCGACUCUGCCUUCUCCAGUGACUAUAGGAGCAGCAAUGUGGCCCCAAGCGACUCGGAGCGCGACUGCAGCGCCACGCUCGGGCCGAGGCUCGCGGCUGCGCCCGACUCUGAGAGCGGCGGCUCGCACACGCCCAGCCCCCGCGCCAGCAGGAAGCGACAGCGAAUACGGAACCACUCCCUGACGUCACUGUGCCUGCUGUCGCACCACCCAUUCUUCUCCACAUUCCGAGAGUGCCUGUUUAUCCUGAAGAGGUUAAUCGAUGCCUGUAACGAGUCUUCCAGUCCGCGGCGCGUCGGCGCGUCCAGACAAUUAUUUAGGGAUACAGUAUGGUCAGUCAUAACGGGCCAAGCGUACGACAACACGCCCACGAUAGUCCUGCACGACGUGAAGGAGAUCGAGACGUGGAUCCUCCGGCUGCUGUCGGCGCCGGUGCCGGUGCCCGGCAAGACGCGCGUCGAGCUCGAGGUGCUGUCGCCCACCGCGCACUCGCCCCUGCUCUUCGCGCUGCCGGACCACACGAGAUUCACCCUCGUGGAUUUCCCACUGCAUUUACCUCUCGAGCUCUUAGGCGUCGACACAUGUCUCAAGGUGCUAACCCUGAUCAUCCUGGAGAACAAAGUGGUGGUGCAGUCCCGCGACUACAACGCGCUGUCGAUGUCGGUGAUGGCGCUAGUGGCCAUGCUGUACCCGCUGGAGUACAUGUUCCCGGCCAUCCCGCUGCUGCCGAGCUGCAUGAGCUGCGCGGAACAGCUUCUGCUUGCGCCAACGCCGUUCCUCAUCGGCAUCCCGGCCACGUUCCUGCAGUACAAGAAAAACUUUAGGUUACCAGAUGACAUAUGGCUAGUGGAUCUCGACGCUACAAAACUGUGCGCACCUAGCGGCAAUGACCAUGAACUACCGCCGUUGCCCGAGCCAGAAGGAUCCGUGCUUAAAAGUCACUUAAAACAGGCCAUGCAUCUUAUGGAUAACAACGGAUCUGGUGCUCUGAGCAGCCUCACAAACAGCUCAGCAGAGCAGGCCACGGCCACCCUCAUGCCUUCGAGAAGAGACAGCGUCGGUGGUGCUACUCUCAAAGUGCAUCCCCCAACGUUCCGGUCGUCGACGGAGGGCGCGCAGUCCCUGCCGCACAGCACGCCCGAGAGCCGGCGCGUGUCCGUCGCCAGCGCCGGCGCCGCCAGCGUCGGCCACACGCCGCAGCGGGGCUCCCUCGCCUCUAACCAGCCCUUCAACCCCCUCAUCUACGGCAACGACGUGGACUCGGUGGACGUGGCCACAAGGGUCGCCAUGGUUCGCUUCUUCAACUCCCAAAACAUCCUGGCGAACUUUAUGGAGCACACGCGGACGCUGCGGCUGUACCCGCGGCCCGUGGUCGCCUUUCAGAUCAACAGCUUCCUGCGGUCUCGGCCGCGGACCACCUCGUUCCUGAACAAGUUCGCACGCACACAGGCGGUCGAGUUCCUAGCGGAGUGGUCGCUCACGCCCUGCAACGUGGCGUUCCUGCGCGUGCAGACGGGCCUGUUCGACCCGCGGCAGGUCGGCGACAAGCCCAAGUGGUUCGCCGAGCAGCUGCAGCCGAUCCGGUUCGCCGUGUGGGACGACGGCAGCUCGCUCAACGGCGCGCUGCGGCAGCUGCAGCGCCACGACAACCAGCCCACAGAUGAAAGUGGAUCAGACUCCGAAGCCGCCGAAAGCACGAGCUCUUCAUACUCUUCGCUCAGUGAUUUCGUCUCCGAAAUAGUCUCGUCCGAUCUAUCACCAGGAAACCAUCAUCAACAACACGUGAUCGGAGAAACCUACAGCGCCGUGGUUCAAGUGCCGAUGACUCUAUCGUCCUCAUUAGAUCCAGGAACAGUGUACAGCCCGCCGUCGUCGCUGAUGUACGGCGAGGAGCCGCGCGCGCGCGCGUCGGCGUCGCCGUCGCCCUCGGGCUCCAGUAGCGACCACAGCGAGCUGUCCGACGACGAGCCGCCCGGCGACCUGCCCGCAGAGCCCUCGCCGCCCGUUAAGAAGAGCGACACGGACAGCGGCAGUUUCGGGCGAGAGUCUGACUCGAACUCGACGACGACGCCGAAGACCGUGGUGGCGCGCGGCCGCGCCGCGGACAGCGCUAGCGGCUCCACUAGUGACAGCGACAGAGCGCUCACGCCCUCACACCCACCACAUGUCAAGCGCGCAAACAGUGGCGUAUCCCGACAGGCGUCUCAGAGCUCCUUGCUCGAGCAGUUUGCGGCGCAGGCGAAGGAGCUGGUGCGAGAAACGACGCGCCAAGGCAGCCAGGACGGACUGCUCGCACAUAUGGACAAGCUGACGCUACACGCCAAAAAAGCAGCAGAGGAAGCGUCUAAAAGCGUACAGGAAGCAUCCAAGUCCGCCCUCGAAGCCAGCAAAACAGCCACGGCCGUCAGCAAAAACACCUUCGAGGACCUCACCUAUGUGGGGAAGUCGACUCUGGGAGACCUCACUAAGAGCGCUAAGGAAGCCGCGGCUAAGAAAGGACUGCUUAAGGGUGAAAGCCAAGAUGGCGGGUCUACGCCGACCGCGCCGGCGCCGCGGCGGGACUCGACGGCGCUGCAGACGACCAACCUCUUGGCGGCCACGCAUCGGGAUUUCUUCUCGAACAUUAGCUCCGACCUAAACGGCCUCGCGGCUUCCACCUCGAGCAUGUUCAGCGACUUGUUUGGCUCCAAAGGUAAGCAGCAGAAGUCGGGCUCGGCUGGGCUCGGGGCCGGGCGCGGCGGCGCGGCGGCCGCGUUCGGGCCGUUCUCGGGCGGCGCGCGCGGGCUGGUGGCGCGCUCGCCGCUCGUGCGCCACGCCGCGCCCGCCGCGCCUCAGCCCCCGCCGCAGGACCGCUCCAGCGCCAACGCGGAGAACCAGGCCUUCCUCAACGACUUGGUGCAACAUGUCCUGGAGGGUGAAGGCGUGGGUUGGCUCAAGCUGAACAGGCUGAAGAAGUUGAUGGAGGACGAGUCUUACCGCAACAUGGUGCUGAGCAAGCUCAAUCGGAACCUCAACCGCAAGACCACGCCUAACGACAAAGUCUACGACGUGUUUGUCAGCAAGCCAGUGUGGAAGGGCAUGCUGCGGGUGCUCCAAGCCGUGGUGCACGGGCUCGAGCACACCUACUCCAACUUCGGGCUGGGCGGCAUGGCCUCCGUGUUCCAGUUGGCCGAGAUGGCGCACACGCACUAUUGGAGCAAGGAGGUGGCCGGGCUGGAGCCGAGCGGCAUGGGCGGCUCGGCGCUCGCCGACAACUACCUCGACACGCCGUCCGAGCCGUGCUCGAGGAAGAGCUCGCAGUCAGAUGUGCCCACAUUGAAUUAUCCCGAGAUGGAGUCGUCUGAAGCCCAGAGCACCACCGAGAUGUUCAAAGACAUGCUGAACCAGAAGCGAAACCUGCUGUUCAGCAAACUCACCUCGUUCGACUCCGAUGCGGGGCCGUCGUCGGACUGCUCCGCGGACGAGAGCGGCUCGAUCACCACCAACCGAGCCAAUCUCAACGACCACCGCGCCUCCUUUAAGUCCAACCUCUCUGAUACAGAGGUCAUGUUCCUCAAUAUGGGUCGCGGCGCUGCGAGCGGCAAGCCUCGGGCCUCCAGCGUGUUCUCGUCGAAGUCGUCGCUCGGCGGGUACCGGCCGCCGUCGCGGGCGCCGGCCACGUCGCCCGUCACGUCGCCCGACACCGCGAGGACGUAUCUGUUCCAAGGGCUUAUCGGCAAGGAGAGAUCAAACCUAUGGGACCAAAUGCAGUUCUGGGAAGAUUCAUUUUUAGACGCCGUGAGCCAAGAACGUGAUAUGAUUGGCAUGGACCAAGGCGCCAACGAAAUGAUGGAACGGUACAAAUGUCUGAGCGAAACGGAACGAAAACGCCUGGAACACGAAGAGGAUAGACUGCUUUCUACCGCUCUGUAUAAUCUGACGGCAGCUAUGGUGCUUUUCGAUGUGCAAGCGGAUAUCGUACGGAAUAAAGUGCGGAGGUUGCUUGCGAAGAGCCAUAUAGGACUCGUUUAUAGCCAAGAAGUCAAUCAUCUGCUUGACGUUGUUCACACGUUGCACGGCAACGACAUCGACCUGAAGCCCCUGGGCUCGCGGCUGCUGCGACGAGCGUCGUUCACGGUGCACGAGACCGACGCCAGCGGCGAGCUGCGCUUCAUGGAGGUGCGCGACGACGGGCUCGUGCUGCGCUCCACGCAGGGAACAAUCGUGGAGCGAUGGUGGUACGAAAGGCUUGUCAAUAUGACAUAUAGUCCGAAAAUACGAGUUUUGUGCCUUUGGAGGAAGAAUGGUGGUCAGACGCAACUACAUAAAUACUAUACGAAAAAGUGCAAAUCGCUAUAUUAUUGUAUAAAAGAGGCCAUGGAAAAGAGCGGGCGAAGUCAGGACGCCGCGGAGCUAGGAGGAGAGUUCCCCAUACAAGACUGUGCCUCGGGGGAAGGCGGACUUAUACAGGUGUGCAUGGAAGGUGUUGGCCUACUGUUCCAGCACAGCAAGUUCUUUGUGAGGCUUGACCACAUCCGGAAGUGCUUUACACAGAACGGCGGUAUCUUCGUUUUAGAAGAAUUUAAUCCAAAAACAAGGCAAAUAAUACAGAGAAAGUACAAAUCAAUAAUGGCAGAAAAAGUAGUGCUUGACCUGCAUCGUUUCUUCUCCAUAUGGCUUUCUCGGUAUUAUAUCAAGACCACUAGAAGUGAAAUGAAUUAUGCACCUUUCAUUUCAUAGCUCGUACGGAAUGUACGGAUGUAUGUACACAACGUGUUUGUUUUAUUUUGC